AAGGAGUAUAAAUUAAGGAUUUUGAAACAUCUAAACUCUGCGACGAAGAAUUUUAUUCACAAUGGCUACUGCAAUUGCAGCUAUAUUGAAGAAAUCAAGAAUCUCCAAGAUUUCAUCUUUACUGAUUGUGAGAAGCUUAAUCAAGACACCCAAUGUGACAAACACUGUGUUUUCAGAAACCCCUUGUCGAGUUUUAGAUAGAGGCCUGAUUUUUAGUAAUUGUGUGGCAAGAAGUUACCAUGAUGGGAGGCCUAGAGGGUCACUGUGGAGGGGGAAGAAGCUGAUUGGGAAAGAAGCGAUUUCUGUGAUUUUGGGGUUGAAGAGAUUCAAGGGUGAUGAGGAGAAGCUGGGGAAGUUUGUGAAAAGCCAUGUUUUGAGGUUGUUGAAGAUGGAUAUGGUGGCUGUUCUUAAUGAGCUUGAACGCCAAGAAGAGGUUUCUUUGGCUGUUAAGAUGUUUUUGUCGAUUAAAAGGCAAGAUUGGUAUAGGCCAGAUGUUUAUCUGUACAAAGACUUGAUUAUUGCAUUAGCUAAGAGCAAAAAAAUGGAAGAGGCAAUGCAGUUGUGGGACAGCAUGAGAGAGGAAAACUUAUACCCUGAUUCCCAGACGUACACCGAAGUCAUACGGGGCUUUCUGCGACACGGGUCUCCUGCAGAUGCCAUGAAUAUUUUUGAAGACAUGAAACAAUCUCCAGAUCCGCCAGAGGAGUUACCUUUUAGGAUUCUCUUGAAGGGGUUAUUGCCACAUCCUCUUCUGAGAAACAAAGUGAAACAAGAUUUUGAGGAGAUUUUCCCUGAUCAACGAAUUUAUGAUCCGCCAGAAGAGAUAUUUGGACUGCGGUGAGGUUGUUGGAGGUUGCCCUCCAACGUGGCAGGUUCGUAGCUAUUCAUUAGGUUUUCAUCCGGGGGUCCUCGAAGGAUGGGGGUCAUAUGAAAGUUCUCAAGGCUCGUUGAGCCCUUGAAGGGCCUGCGUAUUUGCUGAUUGCAGUUAUCUCUAUCUGGUCAAGUAUGACUCAACUCCCCUGAUUAACCCCUGCCACAUUUUUUCUGCAAAACACUUCUAAAUUGUUUUUAUUAGUUUAAACAAUGGUUUGUUUGGACUUUGGAAAAAAGACAUUGACCAAUUGUAACAGAACAUGUCAGUUUAAUUCUUACAGAAUUUUCUGAAAUGAUUUGAA